AUGGAAAGCGCGGAAAAGAUUAUUUCAGAGAUAUCACCAUUAUUAUCAACAGACAAUGUUGAUAUAUGGAUGAUACCUAACUUCGACCAGCAGCUAGUUCAUGAUGUUUGCGUAGAAGCAACAAAUAUCCUCAAAAAAGGAACGGCAUUAAUCGAAAUUCCUAAUCCAUGCUCAAUAGUUGGCGAUAUACAUGGCAACUUUUUAGAUUUGAUGAAGAUUUUUAGAGAAUUUGGAACUCCAGAAUUUUCAAAAUAUUUAUUUUUAGGAGAUUUUGUUGAUAGAGGACUUUAUUCAGUUCCAGUAAUGGCAGUAAUAUGUGCUUACUUUGUCAAAUACAAUUCAAACAUGUAUUUAAUUCGAGGAAAUCACGAAUUUGCUCAUAUUAACAAGAUGUACGGAUUUCAUAACGAAGUAAUGAAAUUAUACAAGAAUGAAGACCUUUGGUCUGAUUUUCAAGUGAUGUUUGCAUAUUUGCCUUUUGCAGCCAUUUUAUGCAAGAAAGUCUUUUGUGUUCACGGCGGACUAUCGCCAAUGCUACACGCUCCUGAAGAUAUCAAUUUAAUAGAGUUACCUGUGUUUGACUAUGAACAACCUUCAUUAAUUUCAGAUAUUAUCUGGUCAGAUCCAUCAGAUAAAUCAGGAUUCACGCCAAAUGAUAGAGGAUCAGGUAAUAAAUUUGGCCAUGACACUAUUACUAGCUUUUUAUCAAAUAAUCAUCUUCAAUUACUUGUUCGAGGUCACCAAGUUACUGCAGAAGGUGUGACACCUUUCGCAUCAAAUUUAGGAGUUACAGUUUUCUCAUCGAGUGGAUAUUGCACUAUGAUGCAGAAUUGCUGUGGAAUUAUCACAAUGAUUAAUAAAAAAGAGUUUGUUUUACAUUCAUUGACACCAAAAGGCGAUAAAAAGAUAAACAUGAAGCUUGUUCCAAGACUUUUGGGACUCAGACGUGCUACAAAUCCAAAUGUUGCAUCAAAAUUUGUAAAAAAGGAUGUCAAACUUUCCAGUACACCUCUUAAGUGA